AUGAAGCCGAAGCGCCUAGAUCCCAGAAUCUUGGAGCGACCCAUUGCUCAGCGGCUCUGUCUGAUCUUGCGCCAGCUGAGAAGGCGUGCUUCGCAAGAGGCCUCUGACCUAUUGAAGUCUCGACCUCACUUUCCACUCUUGAAAGCGAGAGCUGCAACGGCCACAACCUCCAAUUUCAUAGCAGAGCGCCAAGUGAAAGCCCGAGAUCAGAUCGCAAGCCUUCAACACAUCGCUGCUGCUGACGUCCGCUCACAUCCAAACUCAUCAUCCUCAAUAAUGAGGUCUCCAUCUCCAAAGGCUUCGCAGUCGUGCCCAUGGGGCUUGACCAUUCUGCUCCACGGGCGUGGCUAUUCUGGGGAAUUGAAGUCGUGGCGAGCGACGGAUGGACUAAUCUUGAGGCAGAAGGAGCCACUCGUGAGCGUGAAAAAUCAAUACCAGUCUGAAGUUACUCGUGGCCAGGUAGUGAGUUCCAGACACAUUGUGAUAUCCUCCGAGGUUGCAUGGCGUGGUAUUGAUGAUAUGCUACAGUCUCAAUAG